AUGAAACCCGGUGAUCAAGCGCCCGAAUUCUUUGGCACAGCCGUAGUCGGGAAUGAGAUGAAGACGAUCCACAUUAACGACUACAAGGGGAAAUACUGCAUUCUUUUCUUCUACCCUCAGGACUUCACUUUCGUGUGCCCAACCGAGAUCCUCGCAUUCAACGAUCGCUUGGAUGACUUUAGGAAGAUUGGCUGCGAGGUAGUUGCCUGCUCCACAGAUUCGCAGUAUUCACAUCUUGCAUGGUGCAACAUGGAACGGGCAAAGGGAGGUUUGGGUAAGCUCAACCUACCCCUCCUUGCCGACACUAACAUGGAGAUCGCACACAGUUACGGUGUGCUUGAUAGAAGGGCGGGUACCGCUUUCAGGGGUCUCUUCAUCAUAAGUCCUGAUAAGAAAAUACGUAGCAUUCAAAUUAACGACAACCAAGUUGGCAGAUCUGUGGACGAGGCUCUGCGGUUAGUAAAGGCAUUUCAGUUUACCGACAAAUAUGGAGAGGUCUGUCCCGCUAACUGGCACCCCGGGGAGAAGGGCAUCAAGGUAAGACCAGAAGAGAUAAAUGUAACCAGACCAUUUGGGGAUUCGCGAUUGCAGAAGUUGGUAGAGCAAGGAGGGCUGCCGGAGUCAAGAGAUGUGGGCACUCUACCCCUUUGUUGUAUCGACCGCUUUUCCGGCCUCGGUGGGCUAAGGCUAGGAAACCAAUCGAAAUACAGCAGGCGCUUCGCUAUAUUUGGCGAUAGAGGGCUUAGUGUUAAUAGUCGUUGUUUGUGUACGAUGGCUGGUGUUGUCGCCGCUGUUGGUAAGCCUGCACCGGGUUUUACGUGCAGAGCUCUUGUCGACGGUGAACUCAAGGACGUGACCUUAUCGGACUAUAGAGGGAAAUAUGUGAUUCUCUUCUUCUACCCAAUGGAUUUUACAUUCGUCUGCCCUACUGAGAUAAUCGCUUUUAAUGAUCGCGCUGGUGAAUUCCAUCAGCGUGGAUGCCAACUCCUCGCGUGCUCAACGGAUUCGGCCUACUGUCACUUGGCUUGGAAUAAUGUGACUCGGAAGGAGGGUGGCGUUCAAGGCAUGAAGAUUCCGAUGCUCGCCGAUACCAAUCACAGAAUCUCACGCGAUUACGGCGUACUGAUCGAGGAGCAAGGUGUUGCCCUCCGUGGCCUUUUUAUCAUUGACGACAAGGGAAUUCUGCGCCAGAUCACUAUCAACGACUUGCCUGUUGGCCGCUCAGUGGAUGAAGCUCUGCGCCUCCUAGACGCCUUCCAGUUUACGGACAAGCACGGUGAGGUGUGUCCCGCCAACUGGCACCCUGGAUCGAAAGCUUUCAAGCCUAAUGCGGGUGACUUGAAAGCAUUCAUGAGCUCAAGAUAG